AUGCCUGUCAGCAGAAGGAAGAAGUCCAAGAAGGGGAAGGACGACAAGGAGCCGGCCGCAAAGGACAAGAUGGCAGAGGAGGCCACCGAAGAGCUGAAGCUUAGCAAAGAGUCGCCUAAGUCGGCUAAAUCCAAAGGCAAGGAGAGCAAAGAAGCCCCUGCCAACGCAGCCGAUGAUGCAGAAGAUGCUGCUGCAAAACCAGAUGACCAAUUCAUCGGCAAAUUCCAUUCAGCACUGCGUUGGGGCAAGCAGGACUCUGAGGUGAAGGCCAUGGUGACAGACGCAGGGGUGUCCUGCAGAUCUGCUACCAGAGCAGCUGACCCAAAGACUGGGAACCAAGCCCUGCAUAUUGCGGUCCAGAAUGGGCAUCGGGAGUUGACAAAGCUCUUAAUUUCCUGGAAAGCAGAUGUCACUGCUCAAAACUUCAAGGGCCAGACCGCGCUUCACAUGAGUGUAGAGUAUGAUUUUCAUUUCAUCUCCAAGCUGCUGCUGGAGAAGGGCGCCAAACGGGAGGUUGAGAACGCGGACGGUUGCAAAGCAAUCUUGGGAAUCAGUGGCAGCAAAGAGGGCGUGGAGGCGUGGGAUGCUCCAAUCAACAUCCUCAAGAACGCGGCCAGCAAGGAGGAGGUUGAACUUGCAUACAAAGCUCUGGAAGCAGCAGAUCCAACGAGCCUGGACAAAGCAAGCCUUGCUCGCAUUGGGAUGCUGAAGGCGAAAGAGUUGCCGGACAUUUGGGACAAGGGCCAGUUUGUCGAGCUUCUCAACAAGGAGCAACUAGCACAGGCCCAUUGCCGCUUGCAGUAUCAUCACCUCGGCUUUGAAGAACCAGCCAUGGCCCGAGCUAAGCUUGCUUCCAUCGUUGUCGCCCUUGCUGUGUGCUCCGCCCUGCACAGCCUUGUCAGCCUUGCCUUCGUCAGCGCGCCAGCUCCGCAGACUCCGCAGACCCAACUUCGUGGUACCGUCAUCGAUGCUGUAUCAAGCGCUGCAGUGCCUGCAAUCCUCAUGACGCCGGCCGCAGCAUCGGCAGCAGACGGGGAGGGCGUGCCCUCGGUGGUUUUGGGCGUAGGCGUGCUUUGCGCUCUGGCAGCCUUCAGCGUGGUCUCCAGCGUCAUCAGCGCAACCGUGACCUCGGAGCUUGACUGA